AUGACCCUCAUGGCCAUGGCAGCGGACUCUGGCCAUCCCGACGCCCAGAUCACCCCCGGAGCCAUGGCGGACCAGGACCCUACCGUCCACCGCCAGAAUAGCAUGAAGCAUCGCCAAUUCGGUAUUUAUGCUUCAAGGCGGACCCAUCCGAAACCCAUCUCAACUUCUGACGUUCCAGAGCGUCCCAAUUCCGACUACCCACCACCAUAUGCACAUCCCUUACCCACAUCCCCUCCGCGCUGGGACUCGCUCGCCAAUAACUCGAGCAGUUUUGGGAUGCAACAAAACUCGACGAGCCCCCAGUCGCAGCCUCAGUCCCCUCGACGUCCUACCUAUGAUUCCACUCAGCACUACCCCUCCUCCCCUACGUUCCCCUCGCUGGCACCGAGGCCGGGUCACGACCUUGACGACGACUUGAGCGCCGACGAAUGGACAAGCAGAGCCGCUCGUUCGAUCAGAUCCCCGAUCCCGUACGACGAAGACGACCGUUCCUCGAUCGACACCAUGCAGGUUGACAACUUCUCUCGCCCGAGAAGGCCGAGCAUCAAGCAACCGAUACAAGACUCAUACCGACCUCGAGCCAACUACUCUCCUUCAGAGCCGCGUUCUGACCCUAAUUCGCACCAUCAAGCAUGGCCGCGGCCACGGGGUCAGUCCGGAUCAUCUGCAAGGUCGGCUUCGACGUUUGCCUCGAUUCCAGCAUCCGGAGGUGACCUCUAUGAGCCUCGUGCUCCCUCUCGUCUACGAAGUGCCCCGCCUCCGUCAGGCCUCACCCGUCCUCCAAUGGCCUACGGCCGUGUCGACAGCUCGAGCUCUGGGCUAUCUACAUAUGCGAGGGAGGCGCCAUGGAUGAGUGGUGAAGACGAGAUGAGAUCGAGUUACCGAUCUCAGAUGACUGCGUCCAGUGCACAGGGAACGUACGUGACGGAAAGAAGCAGUGUUCUCACCAAGAAUAGCUCGAUUCCAUCGCUGUACGCUAACGGGGAGGAGCUUAGUGUCGACGACGUUAUGGGGAUGUACGAAAAGGGCUUCCGAGACGACUCGAGCCCCGAGGACCACGAUGACGACGAUGUGCGUCCCGUUCCGGCGGCGGAGAUCAACAGGCGGAACACGAGAAUGCUGGAAGCUUUGAGUCAACCAUUGACCGCACCCGCCGCCACCUCAUUGACUGUCCCGACUUCGGACACUAUUGUUCGUGAAUCGACCGAGAUGUUCAGGGUAUCCGAGUACCCAGCUUCUUUGCCGAAGGAGCUCGGCUUGGCGGACUACGAUCGAAACGACGAUAAAGAUACUAAUGAGAAGCGAGACUCUGCAAAGUCUCUCCAGACCGACACACCGGCUACGUCUCCGCAGCUGAAUAGCCCAUCAGCCUCUUCUGCGCGAACGGCCGUAGAUCCCGAGCCGGUCGAAACCGAGGAGCCAGGCGCACGAGACAGAUACGGCUUCAAGAAAGCCAACCAGCAUAUUACCAGAAAACAGUAUGACGCUUGGGACAAGGGGUACUCUGACUAUCUCGACCGACGGCGCAAAAAGUGGACUGCGUUUAUGAAGGAGAGUGGGCUUAUGACGAACCAGCCAGAACGAUUCCCUCCCCAUAGUGCGAAGGCGAAACGCUUUGUGCGGAAAGGCAUUCCGCCUGAGUGGAGAGGCGCUGCCUGGUUUUACUACGCAGGAGGCCCCGCCAUUUUGGCAAAACACUCUGGUCUUUACGACACUCUUCUGCAGAAGAAGGCUAAAGACAUUGAUGUCGAGGCUAUUGAGCGAGAUCUUCACCGGACAUUCCCGGACAAUGUCAAGUUCAAGCCUGCAAGCAUGGCAUCGAAGCCAAACACGGAACCAACUCGAGACGUCCAGUCAACGGACGACUCCGAGAGCGAGGCCAAGAAUGAGCCUGCGAUCAUUACUUCCCUGAGACGGGUCCUGCACGCAUUCGCCAUUUACAACCCACGCAUCGGAUACUGCCAGAGUCUCAACUUCCUAGCUGGCCUGCUCCUUCUGUUCAUGGACUCCGAAGAGAAGGCCUUCUGGCUGUUGAAUGUCAUCACUCGCCUAUACUUACCGGGUACCCACGAGAUGAGUCUUGAAGGAUCCAAGGUGGACCUUGGUGUCUUGAUGAAUGCCAUCAGGGAGUCCAUGCCUGCUGUUUGGGCCAAGAUUGGCGACGAUAUGGAAGGUGACCCGAACGCGGCGCGGCCGGUGAAGCCAGUAAAAAAGCCGAGGGUGAGGAGGAAGAACCAACCCAGCAUCUCGUCCAACCGUCUGCCUCCCAUUACACUUUGCAUGACGGCAUGGUUUAUGAGCUGUUUCAUUGGUACCCUGCCUAUUGAGAGCACAUUGCGCGUGUGGGACGUUAUCUUUUACGAAGGCUCCAAGACUCUUUUCCGCAUUGCCUUGGCUAUUUUCAAGCUUGGAGAAAACGAGGUUCGAUCUGUCGCGGAUCCCAUGGAGAUGUUUUCCGUGAUACAGGCCAUGCCUCGCAAGCUGCUGGACGCGAAUGCAUUGAUGGAGGCUUGUUUCAAGCGUCGCAACGGCUUUGGGCACAUCAGCCAAGAUACAAUCGAUACGCAGCGGGAAGAAAGACGUGUAAAAGUCCAGACAGAACAUCAAAGAGCCGCCACGUACGCAGGCGGUGUGGACAGCGCCAACGCUACCGAGGCCGAAGGAGAGGUCCGUAGGAAAGGCACCAUUUUUGGACGUAGGAGGCUGGGCAGAUCAGCAGAGGUAUCGUGA